AUGAUGGUGGAGCUGAUGACAUCAGCAACGCGCCACGCCUCGCGUGUCGCGCGCCGCGCUUCGUUUUCCUUCCCCCCCGCCAUGUUGUCUACCCACGGCGGACUGGCUACGCCCGCGCCGUCGUCCGAGUACGACGUGCCAUCGUCGCCUACGCACAAGGGGCCACAGCACCGUCAUGACCUAGCGACGCCACCGCCGUCGUCGCCCACGGCCGCUACCAAGAGGGCUCUCGCCACCACGCCGUCACCGGUGCACGCGAUGGGCGUGUCGCCAACGAAGCGCGCGCCGCCACCCCCUGUGCAUCGCCUGAUGCCUACAUCGAAGAUCAGCGUAUCGCACGACCAGUCGAUCCUGCUCGACUACACACAUACCUUUGUCGUGGGACGAUGCCGCCAGUUGGAGCGGACGUCCUGGGCCCUGCGUGGCAUGCACACGUUCAUGGGCACGAAGCCACUCGCCCUGCUGUCGCUGCCGCCGAGUGCGAAGCAUGCGAGUCGCGUACAUGCGCUCGUUCGGUGGGUCCCCUUCUCGUCGCCUGAGGAAGGCGGAGCGCCUAUCGGCACGUUUGUGCUGCGCGUCAUGGGCCAGAACGGCCUGCUGAUCCAUGAUCAGCGGUACCGCGCCGGCCAAGUCGUGCGUCUCGAGCCGGGCACGACGUGUCUCGACUUUUUCGGCAUGCGCAUGCAUGUCGAGGCACCUAUACCAACGCGCCCUGCCCCCCCGGCUCGACCGCGUGCGGAUGGCACAUCGCCCACCAAAGCAGCCCCGGUGGAUGUGCCGUCCAGUCCGCCGAGAUGGGCGCCCGCGUGGGUCGCGCCGACCCCCAGCGAGGCGCCUACCACCAGCGAGGCGCCCACGACCAGCGAGGCGCCCACGACCAGCGAGGCACCCACGACCAGCGAGGCACCCACGGCCAGCGAGGCACCGAUGACCAGCGACGCAGCACCAGCCAGCCCUCGUAAGGCCUCGCCUCCCUCUGCUGUCUCGCCUCCCUCUGCUGUCUCGCCACUGGACACCGCGCGUAGGCUGGUCGAAAAGCUGGCCCCCACGUACGACUUGGCCGGCCUUCUCGCAGGCGCGAUUGUCUUUCAUCGCACCGCCACGAUCUCGGCGAGCGAAGCUGUCCGCAGUGUCCUGGCCACGAACCCCUCGAUGCUGCGGGGCGAGGCAGGGGCGUGUGCGGUCGCCUUCAGUCCGUCCAAGCGGCGACUCCUGACCGAGGGGCGGUCCGUGCCGGCGCAUGGCGAGCGCAUCCACGGCUGGCACGAGGCGUCGGAGCACGCAUGGCUCGCUGUGGCGCGCCAGGCAUGGUACGAGUGCCUGGACCGAGUGCUGCAGCGUGCACCGAUGUUUGGCGUGAUCCAGCGGCCCGGCAAGGACACGCGCGGUAACCCGUUGGAAUGUUGGUACUACUAUGACAAGGAGCACGACCCUGAUCGUGAGCGGGCUCUGAAUCUCGGCGCGUUUGCCAAGCCCAUGCGCAAUGCCGUGCGGAGUCAAAAGCCGAUCUUUUGGAAGAAGAGCGAGUACGUCCGCGCGACGAGCAACGGGUACACGUCGGACGACGACAAGAUCCCGUACUCGCCACGCAGCGAGGAGGCGCGUCCACGCAAGCGGCGCGCCAAGGCAGAAGCGAGUCCAUAG